AUGUGUGAAGAGCGAGUGGAAGUGUUACGUGUAAGGCGUAAGUUCAAGUCGAACGCCACCUUUUGUGUGUGUUUUCGUGUUAUCGAUCUCUACACAAUUCACGAUCUGUCCAUUCCGACCGGGAACCGCAAUUUUCAAUUAAUUUGUGAGAGCAAAUCGCAGUAUGUUGAUACCAGAUAUUUGUCAUCAAUUGGUGGAUCGGUGUUCACAGAAUGGAAUCAGAUGAGUUGUAGUGGUGAAUCAAAACUGGAGAUUACUGAUAUGACGUUGACCUCUUUCGAAUGUCUCAUCGAUGCCACUUGUAAGUAUGGUAAUAUUGUUGUGACCAGGUAA